GCCUCAGGCCCGGCAGGCCCGGUGGAGACGGGAGCGGAAUGAGCGGCGGGAGCGGGAGGCGCAGGGGCGGCCGCAGAGCGGCGGGGACGGGCGCGGCCGAGCCGCCAUGGCCGCCGCCCGCCGUCGGAGCCGCCAAGAAGCGGGAAGGCCGCUCCUGGAGGAAGCAGAAGCUCCUGGACAUCCACGAGGCGCUGGGCCGCGACCCCGUGGACGUGGAGGCCCUGCGGGCGGCCGCCCGGGGCCGCGGGGGGCUGCUCAGCGACCAGGUCCGCAGGCGGGUCUGGCCCCGGCUCCUGGGCCUGAACCCCUACGACCUGCCGCCCCACCCAGGCCGCGGCCCCCUCCGGGACCACAGGGACUCCCACCAGGUGCGGAUGGACGUGGAACGCUCCCUGGGGCGCUUCCCCCCAGGCAUGCGGGCAGAGCAGAGGUCCGUCCUGCAGGGACAGCUGGUGGCCCUGAUCUUGGCGGUGCUGCACGGCCGGCCCGAGCUGCACUAUUACCAGGGCUACCAUGAGCUCGCGCUGGUCUUCCUGCUGGUCCUGGGGCCGCGCUCGGCCACCGCCCUGCUGGACCGGCUCUCCACCCACCACCUCAGGGAUUUCAUGGAUCCCACAAUGGACAGCACCAAGCACAUCCUCAACUACCUAUCGCCUCUCCUGGCCCGGGAGAGUCCCCGGCUGCACCGCUUCAUGGAGCGGGCAGACGUGGGCCCGGUUUUUGCCCUGAGUUGGCUGCUGACCUGGUUCGGCCACGUGCUCCCCGACACGGCCCACGUGCUGCGGCUCGCCGAUUUCUUCCUGGCCUCGCACCCGCUCAUGCCCAUCUACCUCGCCGCGGCGGUGGUGUUACACCGCGAAGCCGAGGUUCUGGACGGCCCGUGCGAAAUGGCCCACCUGUACCACCUGCUGUCUCGUCUGCCCCCGCACUUGCCCGACGAGUCUCUCCUGGCCCGGGCCCUGCAGCUCUUCGCCCACCACCCCCACCCCGAGCUCGCCCGCCAGGCUGCCCCUCGGCAUCGGAGGGGCCUCGCUUCCCAGCGAACCAUCUGGGGAGUGCAAGACUGGCAGGAGAUUAGAAGAACUGACAGGCCUCCACUUCGUGGAUCGAGUACCCCGGUUCCAGCUCUGCAUCGCUCCCUCUCGUCAGGAGUAAAAGCGAAGCGUACCCAGUUGAGAGAGGCUCCUUUUGAUGAUUCCCCAGAGAGGGCAGCCUGGCCAUCGGCUCCUUCCCCGCGCUGCAGGCGGCUUCCUCCAAGCAGCGGCCGGACUCCAUCCUGCGGCGGCGGCGGCGAGAGGCGGAGGCGGAGCCGGGGCCGACGGCGGCCGGGGGACCGGGGGCGCCCAGCGGGCUGGUCAAGGCUGCGGUGUGGGGGCUGUCGGCCACCCUGGGGGCGGCCGCUCUGGCCGUUACGCACUCGGCCCUGGAGUGGGCCCCGGACUUCCUCCUGCAGCUCUUCUAGAGGAUCGGACGACGCCCCGGCUGGACGGGAUCCAUCCCCGUGGACACCUUCCACCCCGUCCCCCUCCCGCCCGCCCCUCCCGGGACCCGGCCGGCGGAGGGACAGACGGAGGGCCCCCGGGGCGGGCCGGGAGCCCGAGGGGACGGGGGACAGAGGAGGGCGGGCGGGCGGACGGCGGGAGGGAGACCGAGCGGGACAAUAAAGGCGGCCGCAGAAAACCUCG